AUGGCGACCGAAGCAGUGGUCGUGGUCGGAGGGGAAAGAGCAGGGGCUGAGAUAGUUUACGGAGCGGAGGAAUGUUACCAGAAAUCUGUGGAGCUUUUGGAGGAGUUAGGGUUUCCAAAAGGAGUGAUGCCUUUGAAGAAUCUUGUCGAGUGUGGAAGAGUUAGAUCCACUGGUUACGUGUGGAUGAAGCAAAACACUCCAUACGAACACUUCUUCGAAUCCACCAACACUCGUGUUUCCUAUGCUCUCGAGGUCACUGCCUAUGUCGACAAGUGUUGUAUGAAGAAGAUGACAGGAGUGAAGAGUAAGCAGAUGUUUUUGUGGGUACCGAUCGUGGAGAUGAGUAUGGAGGAGCCAAAAAGCAAGAAGAUUUACUUCAAGACUCCUAUGGGAAUUGGCAAGUCUUUUCACGUAACCGCGUUCAUGGACGAGGAAGAGAAACGCAACUUUUACUUGUAG